UCUGGGUCGAAUAGGUCAUUCGAAAUGGCCCUCAAGCCGCCGCCCAUUCUUCAACAUCUAAGUUCUAUACUUUUAUCUGAUUUUCGUUCUUCCGAGGCGAUAAAGCAAAUUAUGUAAUCCGGUAUUGUUCCUGCUUUUGAAGCCACCAGUGCAGGUUGUCAGAUGAAGGAAUUUCAGUUACUUUCUUCAGGUGAAGCAAGGUUUUUUCAAUUGUAAGUGCUAGGAUGAAGGAAGAAGACGUGAAUCGUUGCCAGAUACAUGAAUGGUACCCAACAUUCAAAUCUGUAUCCAUUAAAACCCUAUAUCAUGAACUUCCAGAAUCUUUCGUCCAGUACCUUCUUGAUGAUGCUGGACCUUUCCUUCUUCCUGUUUCUGUCUCAAAUGAUGAUGCCCUACCCAACAGGAUCCAUAAUCCGGAAGAGGAAGAUGACUAUCAAGUAUUAGAAGGAUCUGGAGAUGAAGCAGAAGAACCACCAUCACCCCCUUCUUUCCCAGAACUUGAAUUGCAAAUUAAGGCAUCAAUUGAAACCCUUGGUGGUGCAGUAUUUCCUAAGCUCAAUUGGAGCGCGCCAAAAGACUCUGCUUGGAUUAGCUCAUCCGGGACCCUCCGAUGCACUUCAUUCAGUGAGAUUGCAUUGUUAUUGCGAUCUUCUGAUUCGUUGAUCCAUGAUAUGUGUCAUGCAUAUGAUUCGUGCAUUGACAAAACUGUUUCAAAACCUCCAAGUUUCUUUCUUGCCCUCCGCAAGUGGUACCCCUCUUUCAGACCAGAGAUGGAAUUUCGCUGCUUUGUAUGGGGUCACCAGCUUGUUGGGAUUUCGCAGCGUGAAGUUACUACAUUUUAUCCAGUUCUUCUUGAGAAGAAAAGAAAUCUUGAAGUGCUGAUCCACAAUUUCUUUACAGAUCAUGUGAGGUUUAAGUUUGAAUCAGAAAAUUACACAUUUGACGUAUAUCUGACACAGGAUGAGCGGGUUAAGAUCAUUGAUUUCAACCCAUGGGGUGCCUUUACAUUGCCAUUGCUAUUUACUUGGGAUGAACUGGAGCAAAAUGUUAGGGAAGAAGAACGUAUGGACUUUAGAAUUGUGGAAACCCAGUGUGCUGUCCGACCAGGUUUAAAGACAGCAGUACCAUAUGAUUAUCUGGAUACGUCCGAAGGGAGUGGCUGGGACCAGUUCUUGAGAAAUGCUGAUGAGGAGUUGCAGCGACAGUCAAGGUCUUCAGAAGCUGGUGGUUGAGGAUGAUGGUAAAAUUUGGUCAUUUUCUUUUUUUGCCGUUUCGAAUUUUCCACCUUUGUUUCCCAUGUGUUCUUGUAAUCGACUGUUUAGGUAAUCUUGUACUGGAAUUUGAAUUCGAACGACAAAUGCUAGUCUAGCAAUCUUGCGCAUUGCUCCUCAGAAUUAUGUCACUCAGAACCUGAUAGGAACUGGUGUAGGAGUUACAGUAUUGUUACUGGUUGCACGGCAGCCGGUGCAAUACAAAUACUCCACUUAAGCAUAUAAAAAACAACACUGCGAAGUGCAAAAUAAUUGAAGGGAAGGGAACAGGAACCAUGGUCUGCACUGGGGCGGCUGUUGUUGUGAAUUUGGGUCUGAGACCUUUGAAUUGUGGGAGAGUGGUCAUCACAAAGAGAAAGAUGCAGAGAUGUUGCAAAAGAAACUAGGAAAGAUAUGAAGUAGAAGAAGGCAGAGGGGUGCUUUAGAGCCAAAGUUUGUGGCAACAUUUGUAUGGAUACAUAUGUUAGGCCCUUGUUGCUGAGGUGGCAACAUCCUAGUGGUGAUACUUAUUUGGAUAACAUUUUGGGUGUUUUUGAGUCUCUUCUUUUAUUUGAUGAAAGUUCUUUUUAA